UUACUCCUCCAAAAGAAGACUUCAGGGGAGUUUUCAGGGAUUUCCAGCUCAAGGAGAAAACCAAGCAAGUGAAAUCAAGAUUGUGGACAUUAACCAAAUUUGUCUAAUAAGACUAGAGGCCUCUGCAUUGUCUGUAGAGAAAUCCUUGGUUUUCAACAAGAAUGUAUAAGAACAAAUUACAGGGUCAACUACUCUCAAGAUACAUGAAGUCCAUUUUUUUCCCCAUUUUUUACCUACUUGUCUAUCAUGCUUCCACCAGAAGUGCAGAUUGUUGCCUCUAAUAUCUGCGCGAAAGGAAAAGAAGUUAAUCACUGAAAAAAGACUAGAUAAAGAAAGGUAUCUUAGUAGCAAAGGAGAAGGCUAGAUGCAAUCAAGCUAGCAGCAUCAUGCUGUUACCAUCGACUGUAUGCAAGGCAAAUAGCUUAUGUCACAUGUAUCAUGCAUGUUGGUUUCAUUUUUAGCCGAAAAAUACAUGUAAAGCAAGAACUCUACCUUCAACACUUGCAAACACAAGAAGAUUAACAGUGGCAUGACAUAGCCAGGAUUCAAAACUUAGGUUCUUAAAUAGGCAAUGUAUUGUCGCUAUAUUACCAUACUGCAAGAGUUACAUUGCAACAUUAUAUAGUGAACAUUUUAAUAGUGUAAAUGGUGUCAAUAAGAACAGAUAUCAAGACCUAAAAAUACCGCCAGAACUGUAGGGUUUUUUUUUUUUAAUAACAAAAGAAGAAACGGUCAUAGAUCUACCAUUAUAUGUCAUGAUAGUAAAAUAAGAUUAGAGCUGCCUGCCCUAAAACAAAGGACCCAACCUUCAAUAGUCACCUAGUACAGUAAGCAUAUUAAUAUAACUUUCCACCAUCAAGUCUAAAUUACAAAGUACAUAGGUGAUAGGUCUAUUUUUCAACCUUCAAAUUAAAAAGAAAGGUAAAAGUAAUCCUUCCCACUGUGGGACCAGAAAAGGUAGCUAGGAUGAAAACCACAAGGAUUGCUGGUCUUUGAUGGUUCCAUGUGUUCAGGAGUCAUGCUGUAAUUCUUAAAGGCAGAGCAAGCAUAGAAGGAGAAGCAAAAAAAAUUUCACCUUAUUUGAGGAUUUUACCAAGACCAACUCCCAAAUGCAAAAUGUGAAACUAAGAAGCUUUGGACCAAAGCAUUAAUAUCGACUUAUCUAAGCAUCAGAAACCAAUGAAUAAAAAGGUCUUUUUACUCACUUUCAAACAUUAACUCCUGCAAGACAAGUUCAAAGAAAAUCCAUCCCAUGUUUCACGCGAUUGCAUAGCAACCAGGUAGCACAGGAAGCCACACCAAUAAAAGCUCAUCCAUCUACCAAGAAAGAUUAUAAAGAAAGGAGCACUGGCCAACACUUGCAAAACUAACUUAGGUGAUUCAUAAAGAAAGGAGCACUGGCCAACACUUGCAAAACCAAGUCAAGUGAUUCAUAAAAGCAUUACUCAGUAGGUGAGAGAGAUAAAUAAAAUAGGUGGGAAUGCAUCUACUAGAAAAGAUGGAACCAUUUAUCAAACUCUGUUACAACAAAGGUUGGAAACUUUUUGUACUAUUAUUCUGCCUAUAACAAUAAUGGAUCUACUAUGCUUACACUCCUACCGGCUUGACUCCCCUGACCCUCCCCCUUUGUCUCCACAUUGCCUCCAUGUGACCUUGCGACCUUUCUCUCCCUUCCUCUCCUGUCAACAAUUUGUGGCGGUUCCAUUCCCAUUAAAUACCUCUCUCUUCCACUCUGCUCCCAAUCCCUUCCCCCCUCCCUUCCCUGCUUCUUAAAAAUCCAAACUUUAGCUAGUCUAAUUUACCGAAAUCCAAACUUUAGAUCUGCCAAUGGCUUCUCUGCUCUCUCCCACUAUCCUUCUACUCUUUCUCCUCUUCCUCCACCUCAGUUUCUCCAUUUCUUUCUCGGCCCCUGCUUCCCAACUCCAAAAAUCGCAGCUCCUGAGCAGAAGAAAGUUCAUCUCCAUGGAGGGUGAGGAGGAACCGGCCUCAAAACCCCUCCUUUCCAAGAAAAAACCUAUCUUGGGGACCAAAAACCAAACCAAACUCAUCAAACCCAAGAAAACCAACUCCACCACCACCAUUUCCACCGCCGCCACCCCGAAAUCCAAGCUCAACAAAACUCUCACCUCCACCCCCAAAACCUCCAAUUCCACCAAGCUCGUCAAACCCACCAAACUGACCAAAUCCAACUCUACCAAUUCCGCCAAAUCCGAGCUCAAAUCGCUCAAAUUAUCCUCCAAUUCCACCAAAUCUUCCAAGAAAAUCCUGGAUCCACCCGUUCCCAGGAACAAGACCGCCACCUCCAAACCGGCCACCGCCGGCGAGAAGAAUUCCAAACCAAAGCCGAAGCCGAAGUCCGCCACCGCCAAACCAGAACCCUGGCUCGCCGGCGACGAGGGCGACGACCUCAUCGCCGAGUUCCGCGACCUCCCGACCCGCCUCCAACAAUCCCUCUUCCCCGACCUCCAGCGCCUCUCCACCACCUCGAAGGCCUACCUCUCCCGCGCCAACCGCGAGAUCGCCGAGGGCGUCAAGCCCUUUGUGGGAAAAAGUUUCGCUCCCAAAAUAGCCUCCAUCGCCUCCGUUCUAUUUCUCGUUCUGCCCCUGCUUCUCGUCACCGCGCUCUUCCGCCGCCUCCGCUCUUACCUCUCCCUCCACCGGCUCCUCGUCUUCAUCCAGGCCUACCUCGCCAUCUACUUCGCGACGCUCGCGGUCACCGCCCUCGUGACCGGACUCGAGCCGCUGAGAUUUUUCUACGCGACGUCGCCGUCGUCGUACGCGUGGACGCAGGCGGCGCAGACGUUCGGGUAUUUGCUAUACUUGGUGGUGCAGCUGAUCAAUUUAGUGGUGGUGUUCUCCGCCGGUGAGGGGGCGGGUGCCGGGGCGAGGGUGUUUGGGCUGGCGCAGAUGUUGGUCGGGCUGGCGGUGGGGAUGCACUACUACGCGGCGGUGUUCCACCGGGCGGUGACUGGAGAUCCCCCGCGGGCCAACUGGCGGGUCCACGCGGUCUACGCCGCGUGCUUCCUCGUGAUCUGCGCGUGCGCGCGGGCAGAGCGCCGGAAGAAGACCUACCUCAACGACGGGGGAGAAGACGGGAAAAAAAGCUAAAAAAAUAAAAAAUAUAUAUAUUGGGGCAUUUUGGGAACGAGAAGAGGGCAUAAUGGGAAGAGGAAUAAUGUUUCUAUUAUAUUGUAGACUUUUAGCCGGUGGGAGAAUCUCGCUGGUGGGGGCAGGGUUGGGAAACUUUUAUUUUUUCUGCUGUUUGAAUUUUUUAAUUUAGUUUAAAACUUAAAUGAUGUAUGGAGUGAAGCUGAUCAGUGUUAUGAAGGCAGAUUGGGAAUAAAGUAGGGGUAUUUUGGAAAUGAUCGUGAUGUCGGCAGUAUAGCGGCUUUGGGAGAUCCCGGUUUUUAUAGUUUUGGGUAGUGAGUUGGGUUGUCUGGUAAAAAUGAUAGGGGUAUUUGGGAAUAAGCAAAUUUUACAAGGUGGGAGACAUUUUGGGAAGAAUUCUUAAUGUGAGGGCAAGGGAGGAGGAACAUAGUGUUGUGAAAUUGUAAUGGGAGCAAAAAUAGGAUAAGGGGAUCAAUAAAACAAAACUAUUUUUUGGCAA